AUAGCAGCUGGGAAGAGGGAAUCUGGGACAGGCGUGCAGCAGUGUCACCUCUCUCCGUGGCAGGACUGCAGGGAUCCCUUCCCAGCCACGCCGGUUCCUGUCCCUCCUCCUGAUCUUGCGCGCUGAGGCUGCUCCGGGAAGAAGACCUGUUUCUCCUCCGCUGGAGUUGGUGGUGGUGCUUUGAACUUUCUUGCCUUCGCCCUCCCCCGCCCCCCCCCCUUCCCUUCCACUUCUGCCGCCGCUGCUCGCCUGCGAUUUUUGAUUCCUUCGCUGGUGGGUGCAAAUACGGAUCGCUGCAGCGGCUCCUCACCAGACCCCAAAACAAAAGGCAAGGGGCGGGUGGGGUGGGGGGGAGAGAGAGAGAGAAACAAUUUCCAGCCCAAGUCAAGCAUGACUUCCAAAGAAGAAGCCAAGGCUUCCUCGGUGGAGGAGAGAAGAAGGAGCCCCCUGGAUCAGCUGCCCCCUCCUGCCAAUUCCAACAAGCCUCUGACCCCCUUCAGCAUAGAGGACAUUCUGAACAAGCCGGCCGUCAGGCGAAGUUACACCAUCUGCGGGACAGCGCACCUCCUCUCCAGCACCGACAAGCACCCGCCAGCCGGCCUGCCCCUCUCCAGCCGGGCGCUCCUCUCCCAAACCUCCCCGCUCUGUGCCCUGGAGGAACUGGCCAGCAAAACCUUCAAAGGGCUGGAAGUCAGCGUCCUGCAGGCAGCUGAAGGAAGGGAUGGGAUGACUAUUUUUGGCCAGAGACAAACUCCCAAGAAAAGGAGGAAGUCUAGAACCGCCUUUACAAACCACCAGAUCUACGAACUGGAAAAGAGGUUUUUGUAUCAGAAAUACCUCUCUCCAGCCGACCGAGACCAAAUCGCCCAGCAGCUGGGGCUGACCAACGCCCAGGUGAUCACCUGGUUUCAGAACCGCCGAGCCAAACUCAAAAGAGACCUGGAGGAGAUGAAAGCAGAUGUGGAAUCUGCCAAGAAACUGGGGCCCAACGCCCAGGUGGAUAUUGUUAGCAUUUCCGAGCUGGAGCCCAAUUCGGAAGGGAGAGGGAAAUCGCGUUCGCUUUCUCCAACUCUACCCAAACAUGGACUGGAGACCGCCAGCCACCUUCAGCUGCCUCCUGAAUCCCCUCUCACAGACCAGCCCAACAGCAGUAAGGACUGCUCGGAGGAUGAAGAAGAUGUGGAAAUUGACGUUGAUGACUGAAUUGUUGUGGUGGUGAUGGGUAUAUUCCCCCCCCACACACACACACAUUUUUUUCUUGUCUUCUUCUUCUUCAAAACAAAAACAAACCCAGAAACUGACAGCCACACUUCCCCACACUCCAGGGGUGGACCUGUGAAAUCCUGAGCAAAGCCUGAACAGUAUUCCAGAGCCAUGAACUCUGGUGAUAGACACUCAGCGUUGGUGGCGACUAAAUAAGGCAGUUCCUUUUCAAUAAAAGCAAUAAGCAAUAGGAAAAAAAAUAAUUUAAAAUAGUCAAUAUCCCAUGCCUGUCACAUCAGGUAGCUUUCAUCUUUGGAAUGGUGCAAUUAUGUAUGGCUUCUGUAUAAAUAUUUAAACAUAUAUAAUGGAUUUUCUUUCUUUUUUUGAGGGUAUGAUUUAAAAAAAAUAACGAUAUCAAUUGGUUUUGUUUAUAAAGGAAAGCAGAACCUUGCAAUAGAGACACCACUUCAAACAGAUGUUUUGUUAGGCGGUUAUUUUAAACGACUUCCAAAAAUGAACCAGGUUAUAGGAGAUUUAAGUUAGGCUAAAAUUAGCAAUUUUCUUUCUUUCCUUGCAUGUUUCAAAUGUGCACGAAAUAAUUAUUUUUCAUUUUUACAAAAAAAAUUCUUUUAAAAUUUUGGAAACUAGGGGAUGGGUUAUACUGCAAGUUUAAAAUAUGUACCCUCCCAACUCCCCGCCCCGCGCCUUCAGAGCAUAGAUAUUUGUAUCCAAUGCAAUUUCUGCCUCAUUUUACCAAUUAAAAGCUAUUUUUACCAUUUUGUGCUAUUAUUGUGCUUUUAUUAAAAAGCUACCUUUCGUAUUUUUGAUAUGAAGGUGGUUACAAAAAAAAUCCUAGAAUUAUUUUUUACUCUUUUUAGAAUUUUUGCAUGCUACAAAACUAAAAAAGGACAACUCCCAAGAUCAAGACAUUUAAA